AUGCUCAGGUUUCGACCUAUCCUCCCGAAACCCUCGCCAGAAGGUGCGCUUUCUGUCGCCAAUCAAAACGUCGUCGUUUCCAAAAAGAGACCCAAGAGGAAGUACGUUAGGGUUCGGAGGAACAGUAAAUCUUCGAAGAGCCAAACGCCGGAGGACGUGCCGCCGAUUGCGACGCUGCAGUUGAUGCCGGAGAAGAACGCGCCGGAACGGGAAAUGGAGAAAAAACGGGUCGUGGAAAAUCCGGAACCGGUGACGAUGGUGGAAACGUGGGUGACGGUCGAGAGCGUGACGGGCACGUGCAUGGGUGAGGGGUGGGGAGGGUUAGGGUAUACGGACGAGGGAAAAAUGAAGAAUCUAGAAGCUGACACGUGUCCAGGGUUUGUGUGUGACGGGGGUUUUAGGGUGCGGUGGGUGAACGACGCGUACAAGAGGAUGGUGGUGAGCGAGGAGCGUGACCCGCGGGCUGAGAAUAUCGUGGUGCGGUUGAAGGUGAAGGAUGGUGCUGCUUUGUGGUGGUGCUAUUCUUACCCGGUGUUCACUUGCGGCGUGAGGUUGCAGUACACGUGGCGGAAUGAGAAGUGCACCAAGAUGGUUCCGUGUGAUGUUUGGAGAAUGGAUUGUGGUGGUUUUGCAUGGAGGCUAGACGUGAAAGCUGCGCUUAGUUUGGGUCUCUGA